AUGCAUAAUUUCAACCGACUUCCAAAUUUUCUCUUAGUAUUAUCGAAGAACAUAGGCUGCGACCUGUCUAUCAAUCACGGCCUCGCCGUGAGGCCACUGAAACUGCUUCUACAGUCUCAUUCCUAUUCUGUUAACCGAGUCUGGCGAGGUUCGUAUCAUUACGCUGCGGAGCAAUUCUCGGACGAUGAGUACGAGUGCGACGUCGAGAACAAUACGGCCUCAUCUUCUGUGGCCAACAUCGAUGAGUGGAAAUGGAAACUUAGCUUGCUAUCUCGAAAUGAGAAGGAUCAAGAGAUCGUAUCCAGAGAUAACAGAGACAGGAGAGACUUUGAACAGAUCUCAAACCUUGCCAAAAAGAUGGGGCUCUAUUGUUCAAUGUAUGGAAAAGUGGUAGUUGCAAGUAAAGUUCCCCUUCCUAACUACCGACCUGAUUUGGACGAUAAACGACCACAAAGGGAGGUUGCUAUUCCUUUAAGUUUGCAAAGGAGGGUGGAAGGUUUACUACAGGAACAUUGCGAUCGCAUUCGGUUAAGUUCUGGAAAGGCUAGUGAGAUUUCAAAUGAUGCCAAGUCCAUUGAUGAGGUUACAGAUGUGAAUAUGGAUGAAUGUGAAGAUUCUUAUGUUGAUGGGUCUGUGAUGGAAAAGGUACUUCAACGGAAGAGUUUACGGAUGCGAAAUAUGCAAAGAGCAUGGCAGGAAUCACCUGAAGGGAGGAAGAUACUGGAUUUCAGGAGGUCUCUGCCAGCAUUCAAGGAGAAGGAAAGGUUACUCCAGGCAAUAGCAACAAAUCAGGUAGUAGUUAUAUCAGGAGAAACUGGAUGUGGUAAGACUACACAACUUCCUCAGUACCUAUUAGAAUCAGAAAUUGAAACUGGUCGAGGAGCAUUCUGUAGCAUAAUAUGCACUCAACCUCGGAGGAUCUCUGCUAUGGCUGUUUCUGAAAGAGUAUCCAUAGAGCGAGGAGAACCCCUUGGUGAAACAGUUGGCUAUAAAGUUCGAUUAGAAGGUAUGAAAGGGAAAAACACUCAUCUGUUGUUUUGCACCAGUGGUAUAUUACUUCGGAGGCUUCUAAGUGAUCGUAAUCUAAAUGGGAUUACCCAUGUCUUUGUGGAUGAAAUUCACGAGCGAGGCAUGAAUGAAGAUUUUCUGUUGAUUGUCUUGAAGGAUCUCCUUCCACGCCGCCGGGAUUUAAGAUUAAUCUUGAUGAGUGCCACUUUAAAUGCUGAACUCUUUUCCAGUUAUUUUGGAGGAGCACCAACUAUUCACAUCCCAGGUUUUACAUUUCCAGUGAGGGCAUACUUUUUGGAAGAUGUGUUAGAAAUGACUGGCUAUAAGUUGACAUCUUUCAACCAAAUCGAUGAUUAUGGCCAAGAGAAAAUGUGGAAAACACAGAAACAAUUAGCUCCACGAAAAAGGAAAAACCAAAUCACUUCUCUUGUUGAGGACGCUCUUGAUAAAUCAACCUUGGGAAAUUAUAGUUCCAACACACGAGAUUCUCUCUCAUCCUGGAUGCCUGACUGCAUAGGUUUUAAUCUUAUCGAGGCUGUUUUGUGCCACAUAUGUCGUAAGGAACGACCUGGUGCAGUUUUAGUAUUCCUGACUGGAUGGGAGGAUAUCAGCAGUUUGAGGGAUCAAUUGAGAGCUCAUCCACUUUUAGGAGAUCCAAACAGGGUUUUGCUUUUGACAUGCCAUGGUUCAAUGGCAACAUCUGAACAGAGACUCAUAUUUGAGAAACCUGCUCAGAAUGUCCGUAAAGUAGUUCUUGCCACUAAUAUGGCAGAGGCGAGCAUCACAAUAAAUGAUGUUGUUUUUGUUAUUGACUGUGGAAAAGCAAAAGAAACCACGUAUGAUGCAUUAAAUAAUACACCUUGUCUGUUACCUUCAUGGAUAUCGCAGGCUUCUGCUCGGCAAAGAAGGGGCCGGGCUGGCCGUGUUCAACCAGGAAAAUGUUUUCAUCUUUACCCAAAAUGUGUUUUUGAAGCAUUUUCUGAGUAUCAACUUCCUGAACUUUUGAGAACUCCAUUGAAUUCCCUCUGCCUUCAAAUAAAAAGUUUGCAGGUUUCAAGUGUAGGAGAAUUCUUGUCAUCUGCUCUGCAGCCACCAGAACCCUUGGCUGUACAAAAUGCCAUUGAUUUUUUAAAGAUGAUCGGGGCAUUUGAUGAGAAGGAAAACUUGACAAAUCUUGGAAAAUUUUUGUCAAUGCUUCCCGUUGACCCUAAGCUAGGAAAAAUGCUGAUAAUGGGUGCUAUCUUUCAUUGCUUUGAUCCAAUCCUCACUAUAGUUUCCGGCCUUAGUGUCAGAGAUCCUUUUCUUCUACCUCAGGACAAAAAAGACUUAGCUGGGAUAGCCAAGGCUAGAUUUUCUGCAAAGGACUACAGUGAUCAUAUGGCGCUUGUUCGUGCUUAUGAGGGAUGGAAAGAUGCAGAAAGAGAAGGGUCAUCCUAUGAGUACUGCUGGAGGAACUUCCUUUCUAUGCAAACACUUCAAGCAAUUGAUUCACUUAGAAGACAGUUUAACUUCAUUUUAAAGGAUGCAGGAAUAGUUGAUCUAGAUGGUAGCACGAGUAACAAGUUAAGCCACAACCAGUCUCUUGUUCGUGCGAUCAUUUGUUCUGGUCUCUUUCCAGGCGUAGCAUCUGUUGUGCACAGAGAGACUUCCAUGUCUUUCAAAACCAUGGAUGAUGGCCAGGUCUUGCUGUAUGCGAAUUCUGUAAAUGCGCGUUAUGAUACAAUUCCCUUCCCGUGGCUGGUCUUUGGCGAGAAAGUGAAGGUCAAUACAGUUUUCUUACGAGAUUCUACUGGCAUAUCUGAUUCAAUGCUGAUUCUUUUUGGUGGAGCAGUACAUCGUGGUGUACAGGCUGGUCAUUUGAAAAUGUUAAAUGGCUACGUUGAAUUCUUUAUGGAUUCUAAUUUGGCGGAAUGCUAUUUGCAACUCAAGGAAGAACUUGAUAAACUUAUUGAAAACAAACUUCAGAACCCGGGACUCGAUAUUCUCAAAGAAGGCAAGUACCUUGUUCUUUCUGUUCAAGAGUUGGUAUCAGGUGACCAAUGCGAAGGGAGAUUUGUCUUUGGUCGGGACAGUAAGAAGCAAGCGUCUAGCAACGACAAAUUCACAAAGGAUGGCACCAACCCAAAGAGCUUGCUACAAACCUUGCUAAUGAGGGCAGGACAUUCCCCUCCAAAGUACAAAACCAAGCACCUCAAGACAAAUGAAUUCAGGGCGCUGGUAGAGUUUAAGGGUAUGCAAUUUGUGGGUAAGCCUAAGAAAAACAAGCAGCUUGCAGAGAGGGAUGCUGCUAUAGAGGCUCUGGCCUGGUUGACACACACCUCUGACAAUGGUGCAAAUUCAGACGAUGACUCUCCUAUUGAUGUAACUGACAACAUGCUAAAACUUCUUGGAAAACGAAGGCGGUCUAAAGGCCGCCCUGGUUAAUGACAUGAUAUAAGAAGUAAUUAGCUUCAAGCCAGCAAAUCGAAUUGUUUCAUUUGAAGUGUAGACAAGUUCCUGCUAAGCUUGUAUGUCGUAUGUGCAUUAGGAUUUGCGGGACUUUGAUUCCGUGCGCUGCUGAGUAGGAAAACGAGAUACGGUAGGUAUGCAAAAUUUUGGAGCUGGUUUAAAACUCACAAAUCUAUGUCGGGGAAGUGUAUACUUUUUGGGCAUAGAAGCAUAAUAUCCUGAUAACUUAUUUAUACCAUUGAUGGAGCUGGUCUAUAGCUCUCAAAAUUUAGGAGAAUGUGAGCUAGGACCUUGGGAUUGUGUUAUUAUACUUGGAAUAAAUUAGUUUUAGUUUAUAUGUUUUGCUGAGAAAGUGA